GUCACGUUACAUUUUAACAUAGGACCCCUUAUUUGAUAGCAGCUUCACAAGUCUGGAUGCAAGACUCUGGAGAACUCUACGCCUUGAUGUCCGUGGGACUCCAGAGCACCUAGUAAUAGAGUCCGAACCUGACACAAACACUGCCUCAGCCUCCCUGCCUCCCCUAAGAAACUUGGUACAUCCCUCUGCAAGUUGGAGCAUAAAUACACAAGGGCUGCAGCUCUGCUCAGUUACUUGUGGAAGGAGUUGCUGCUACUACCGGUGGUCUGCACAUCUCAGUGUAAGGGUCUUCUCAGCUCACAUUGUAGUAUGGAUCACACAGAAGUACUAAAGCCACAGACCCUGGAUGAGCUGAUUCGGAUUCUGCAUGAGAUCUUUUCCAGUGAUCGAGUAAAUAUUGAGGAAGUCCAAAAUAUCAUGGAGUCCUAUGAGAGUAACCCAUUGGAAUGGGCGAAAUAUGCCAAGUUUGACCCAUACAGGUAUACAAGAAACUUGGUGGAUGAAGGAAAUGGAAAGUUUAAUCUCAUGAUUCUCUGCUGGGGUGAAGGAAACGGCAGCAGUAUCCAUGAUCACACCAACUCACAUUGCUUCCUGAAGAUACUACAGGGCAACCUCAAGGAGACACUGUAUGAAUGGCCACAGAAAAAGUCAAAUGGAGCGAUGGUAAAGAAAUCAGAAGAAGUUCUCAAGUUGAAUCAAUGCGCCUACAUCAAUGACUCCAUUGGUCUUCACAGAGUGGAGAACCCUAGCCACACAGAGACUGCGGUGAGCCUUCACUUGUACAGUCCUCCAUUCGACCACUGCCAAAUAUUUGACCAACGAACUGGACACAAAAAUACAGUAAAAAUGACUUUCUGGAGCAAAUAUGGUGAAAGGGCUCCUCCGGCAACUGUACAAUCCCAGGAAAACAAUUAACUUUGCUCAGAAGAAUUUAUUGGAAUUGUUCUUGAAAUACUGUGGAGCCCUGAAGACCAUGAGGAAAUCUUGUAGCCUCUGAAGUUCAUGACCAAACUGUACAUAUUCCCUCAGUAGGACUCACAAGAUGGCAGUUCUGGAAUGUUAAAUGACUUAAAGUUCUCCUCAGGGUUUAAACCUUUAAAUAGUGAUAAGUAGCUUUUGUUUUUAAAAUGAAAGAAACCUUUUCUUUCCAUUUUUAAAAUCAGUAUAAUUGUAACUGUCCACAUUUUAACCUACCAAGUUUCUUAAAGCAUCAGAUGAUAGUUCUUUAAUGUGAAAACUGACAAGAUUUCUAUGUGUAUAGAUUUGCAAUGGUCUUGUAACAAAUGUACAUUUUGAUCUAUAUAUAUUUUUAGAAAAAAGUUGGCAUAUGAGUUUGGAAUCUUCCCCCCAGGAGCAAUAAAGUUCAAAUUCAUUAUUUGUAUG